AUCUCAAACUAUUUAUUUCCUAACCAUUUAUAAUAUGAUUAAAAAACCUCGUUUAUUGCCUGUAUUUCUUGAAAAUAGUGGUUUACUUGUAAAUGAACUUCAUUAUGGGCCAUAUUCUCGAUUUUGGUGGGACUUUUCAACUGAAAACAAUGUCGCAAACUUUCCAAUUCGUUUAAAUCAGCAAGUUAAAGUGUUUUAAAUGGAAAUGACUUCUUUUUAACAGUUAAAAAAGGGGCAGGAAAUCUUCCAGAAUAUCAUUGCAAAAGUGGUGAGAUAGAAGUGUUUGAAACUAGUCCAACAAAAGCAGUAGAAAUAGUAUAUAAGGAUAUAUUCAAAAGUUUUACGCAAUAUUCAGGUCAUGCAAUUAUGGGCUGGAAUAACGAAAAUAUUUUAGAAAUACUCAAAAAUGAUAUUGAAUUUUUUCCUGUAAUAUGUACGGUUGGAAAAUAUAAAAUUUUUUUAUAUACUAUUGGUUAUUCUUUAAAUAAGGGUUGGAUGUAUGCAGGAUCAGGUUACGAAGCUUCUAUUAUUCACGUAUUUGAUAAGAAACAAGGAAUUUUGGUAUCCAAAAUUGAAAAUAAAGACUGUAUUGUGGAAAUUUACCAGGAUUCUCAAUUAAAAAAAAGGGUUAUAGGCGCCAGUCCAGAUGAUGUUUGGCGAAAAACUGGGCUAAUUCAAAAUUACAAUGGAACUCAACUUUUUGGGUUAGAUAAUUCAAUAAUUCAACAACUCAUAAAAAAGCACCGAGUUCCUACUUGCAAGCUUCAAGAUUGGCAAGAUCAAUCUAUUAUGCAAAUCCUUUUUGAUUAUCACUUGAAAAGAAGAACAUUGGCGAAUAUCAACUGGCACCAAUUUUUUAUUAGUUGGGCGGAAUCUAAUGUUACAAUAAUUGAUUUGAAAUCUAAUUUAAAGCCACUAUACCCACACAAUUACAAGUUUGAUGAGCGUGAAUUCAGAGUAUGGAAAGCAAUGCUGCAUGCAUCUGGAUGUACUAAUAUAACUCCGUGGACACAUGACGAAUCGGAGGUGAACUUGUGUCGUGUUUUUCGUAUUUCUAUAUAAAUAACUCCAUUCCAAUUCAUAUGCCU